CGUAAUAGAGAAGUGUGUGAGGAGAGGGCGGAGCCGCAGACAACAUGUCUCUCUACAGAAACACCGUGUGGUUCCUGAAGGGGCUGCGGGAAUACACCAAAGGUGGAUAUGAAGCGGCCGCCAAGCACUUUGCUGCAGAAGAUUUGCAAGUUGAUGUUACUGGAAGGUCUUACAUGAUCACAGGAGCCAAUAGUGGGAUCGGCAAAGCCGCUGCUCUGGCAAUUGCGAAAAAGGGCGGCACUAUUCAUCUGAUAUGCAGAAAUAAAGAGCGAGCAGAAGAAGCACAAAAAGAGAUUAUUGCAAGUAGUGGGAAUCAGAACAUAUCGGUGCACCUGCUGGACAUGUCUAACCCGAAGGAAAUCUGGGAGUUUGCUGAGAAGUUUAAGACCGAAAACCGACUGCACGUAUUGGUUAAUAAUGCUGGCUGCAUGGUGAACAGUCGGGAACUAACAGGAGAUGGAAUAGAGAAGAACUUUGCCACUAAUGUCUUGGGUACAUAUGUUCUAACAAAAGCUCUGCUUCCAGUCCUGGAGAAUGAAGAUGAUGCCAGAGUAGUAACGGUCUCAUCAGGCGGUAUGCUGGUUCAGAAGCUGGACGUCUCAGAUCUGCAGUUUGAGAAGGCCACAUUUGAUGGAACAAUGGCCUAUGCACAAAACAAGAGACAGCAAGUCAUCCUGACCGACCAGUGGGCCACACAACACCCAAAGGUCCACUUUUCUGUCAUGCAUCCAGGCUGGGCGGACACACCAGCUGUGAGGUCAUCAAUGCCAGACUUUCAUGAGAAAAUGAAGAACAGAUUACGCACAGAAGAACAAGGAGCAGACACCGUGGUGUGGCUGGCCAUCUCUCCUGCGGCAACAAGGCACGCAAGUGGCCUCUUCUUCCAAGAUCGGAAACCUGUUUCUACGCAUCUCCCCUUGGCAAGUACACACUCGUCCACUGGAGAUGAAGAGAAGCUUCUCCAAGUCUUGGAGGAAAUGUCUCAAAAGUUUGCCACCGCUUCCUGAAAAUUAUAGCUCAUGUGCUGGUAACAAUUUGUAAUGUACUAUAAUCGGAUGAACGUUCUCUAAUAGAAACUAUAUAUAAUAUAAACAACAGAGGUUUACGGUAAUACUAGUCUCCUCUCGAAACAUGCACUGAUUUUACUCCCGUUUACAUACAGUACAGAUCACUACCUCCGAUUACCUGUGCUUCCAAUAACAGACAGCAGGUAACUGCUUCAGCCAGGACAAAGAAGCUGCUUGUCAAUCAUCUUUACCCUCUACAUGUAAUAUGGCUUUACGCCUUGUUGUAUGGAUGUUUUGCAAAGAAAUUAUCUAAUUGACCUGACCUGUAACCCCUUCAGAGAUGUUCAUAUU